GGCGAUCAACGUGAAUUCAUGUGACAAUUCGCUCGUGCGUUCAUGUGUUUUUUUCGACAAGUCUUCAUGGAUCAGGGGGACCUGGGCAUGUGUGCCUGUUUCUCGAGCUCAUUCCUCUGGCUGCUCUAUGGCAUCCUCCAAGUUGCCGCCUCCUCUCUCGGCAGUGUACUCGACGUCCACCAUGGCGUCCGAUGCCUCCCUUGACUUCUGUCGCUUCCGUUUGGCCUCAUUGCCCUGGUUUGCGUCGAUAUCCUGCUCGGCUGCUGCCUCUGCUUCAGCGCUCUGCUCCUGCUCGGCGAGGGCACUGCGGUCACAUCAACAGGGCAUGCACACAGACGUGCCUGCAGGUAUAGCAGAUCCACCUUCGUCCUUUCCUGGCCGCACCUUUCCGUCAGGCGUUUCCACACAUCGUCAGGUUCGAUUUCCUCUGCACCGUCGCGCAGGUCGUUCCCCUCAUCCUCUUCGCGGAACCGCUGAAGCACCGCCUGAAUGUCAAACCUGUCCACGAGACAACAGAGGUGGCAUGAUGGACCUGCUUACACUGUCUCUGGUGGUGUGAUUGAUGGGGGGUGGCUUACUCUUUGCGUGCUUCUUCGAGUAUCUUAUCGUCCUCCCCCUCAUCGAGCUGGCGGAGAAAACUCACAUCAGACGGCCGCCAGGGCGCAUCCUGAUGAUGCCACAGAGAGGGAACAAGGCAGAGGGAAGGAGCAAAGAAAGGAAAGCUCAUGAGCGGCCGGCCACGCACAUCCGUCCGUCUUUGCCUUACCGGUGUGCGUUUGUACCAGCCCCUGAUGUACUUUGCGAGGAACUUCUCGCUGGGUGGUGUGACGCGCAGGAACCUGCCCUGGUUCUGCUGCGUCCUGAUGAAUGUCCGCCAGUGUGGGUUGAUGACGAGCGUCUCGGCGUUGGCCACGACCCACAAGUUGAAGCGCGCGCGAGUGAGGGCGACGUUCAUGCGCCGCGUGUCGGCCACGAAGCCGAUGGUCUUCUUCUUGCUGUGCCCGCGGACGGCGCUGAAGAUCACGCAGUCUUUCUCGCGACCCUGACAGGCAGGCAGGCAGACAGACAGAGGGAAUGCGGGAGAGGGGGGCGAGAGGCCAUCCAUGGAUAGUGCAUCUUUUGAGUGUGGGAUUUCCCUUACUUGGAAGCCGUCCACAGUGUUGACCUCAAUCGGCAGGGGCGCAGUCGAACGAGUCUGACACGUUGUACAGACAUGCAGCGGCGACCAUUCGAUGUGCCGUUCCGGAUUGGCUGUUCAUCUGUUUACCCCCAGGACAUCUCUGAAUUUCUGUCUGAUGAGCCGCACUUGCUCGGCGUAGGGCGUCACAACAGCCAGCUUCUUUCGCCAAUCGAACUCGGAUAUCUGAAAAGGAAACGACACAUCUACAUGUAUGCCGUCAUCUGUUGCUUUCCGCCUUGCUGACCAUCUGCGUGAGGGUGAGAAAUAUCUGCACGACGAAAUCAGCUUCCUCCGGAUUGACAAGAGAUGACCCCUCAGCCUGACGACCACACCCAUAUGCACGCAACAGCACAUGCGCACAACACGCAGGGCUCCCUUUUCCGUCUGUGUGUCUGACGUGCCUGUUCCCUGGUCUUGACGUGGAAGAACACAACGGGCUGCAGGGCUGGCACACAGUACCAGGGAGGAGCCUUGACCAGCUCGUCGAUGUUGGGCGCGUUGUUCAGCUGCUCGUCGUAAAACCUGUCACACGGCAAGGGAAGGCACGUGUGCGGAAUGCGUUGAGUCACUGGUGCGCGAGUUCUCACUCUUUGGAUGGGAAUUCGGCAAUGGUGGGGUGCAUCCGGUACUGCACAGACAGCAAUGUCACAGGAUAGUGGCCCUCGAGCAACCGCUGAAACAGCGACCGGUUGUAUCCCUGUUGUUGCCACACAACGUACAUACACGCAUACGUUUGCUGUUCGCUCGGAGCUCCUAUGAUUUGGUGUUUUGCGGCAAUUCUGUUACGUGUUCUUCGCAUAUCUUGGAGAAGACUGUGGCGGGGAGCUGCCUGUGAUCGCCCACCAAGAUGACCCGCCUGGCGCCGAGCUUGAAUGGAAUCAACACAGACAUCUCCACACCCUGCAUGCACAUCCAUCCACUCCAGACAACACCACACACAUGGGAGUGCACGCCUUGCAUGAGCGUGUUUCUCUCCUCUGCCUUGCUUGCCUGUGAGGCCUCGUCGAUGAUGACCGUGUCGAAUCCGUCUGCGAAGGAGGUCAGAUCUCGACCGCCGCAGACAGACAGGGUGGCACACACCACACGCGCCUCAGACAGGAUGCCCAUACGCACAGCCUGGUAAGACAAAAGACGAAAGAUAGUCCGGUAUGAGGCGGGUCCGUGUAUGUGUGUUGUCGCAGCUUUGCCCACAUCUCUCUGGGAGAAUGAUGUGUCCGCUUUGGCCUUGAGUCGCAGGUUGGUCAGAUGCUCAAGCCCAUGCUCAAGAAUGUCCGGAUGGCUGUUCGGACCCACACGAACCACCUGCACUGACAGAUCCAAGCACCUCCGUGUGCCGUCCCAUCUCAUCUUCUCCCUAGUCUUCUCUUGGCUCACCUGUGGUAUGACUCGUUUGCCCUCUUUGUUGUACACGCCCUUGUGCACCAGCCGCCUCACGAUCUCGUCGAUCGCCGCAUUGGACGGGGCACACACCAACACCUUCCUGAGGGGAGAGAGAGGGAAAGGACGGUUCUGCAUGCAUGAAGCAGACACCGUCUGAGCUCUUAUUUUGGCGUACUUUGGUUGUGAUCCUUCGCUUAUCUUUGACAUGUUGAUGACGCGAUCCGUCUGUUGAGCCGUGGGAUACUGGAAGCAUACACACGUAUGGCAGCAACUCUCAGCCGGGGCUUUCUCGACUGGUGUUUACCUGGUUGGGCUUUGCGAGGUCUUCAGGCCGCCACGUGACCUUGUCGUACCUUCAUAGACAAGGGGAUGUACGGUCACGAGCCUUCAUCCCUCCCGCUGUCUACCCCUUACCCCCUCACCAGCACUUGUAGUCCCGUUCGAACAGCCACGGCUGUGCCCUUCGCAGCCGCCGACAUUCCUCCUUCCUCACCACAUCAGGAUCGUCAGGGCGCAGGACAGACACCAGCUUGCCUGUGUCGAGCCACUCUAUGUGCCGCAACGCCCCACGGAUGCGCCUCGGAGGGCUGGUGGACGAGCGGUGGGGGGCUGCCUUGUCCUGAGAAGAAGGGGCGUCCGUCGACUGAGGAGCAAGCAAGGAGGGAUGGAGUGCACUGUCCACCGAGGCAGUGCUAGGUGUCGUACCUUCUUCCCCUGUCGUGUCUGGUUGGCACCGCUCCUCCGCACAGAUGCGUGCAAGAUGACGCUGAGCACGCCCAAGAUGGUUGUCGUCUUGCCAGUACCUAAACAGAAACUCGACAACACAAAUCACGUUCUUUCGGUGUUGCCCUGCUCCGUCUAACCAGGGGGGCCCUGCACGAGGGUGAUGCCCUUGGUCCUCAUGCACGCCUGGAUGGCCUCGUACUGCGAUUCAUUGUACUCCUCACGAAGCGUGUCCAGCAGGCGCCCUGGAACUACAAGCCGCAGGUCGUCCUCAUCACUUGCGGCAGCCCCGUUCGGUCCAGCUUUCCUCUUAUCAUCCUCUGCUGGUGUCUGCCCGUCUGGCGGGAUCUCGUCGAGGGAACGUGGGUUGAGGACGAAGUCCUUCAGAAGCAGGUCCGGGACGGCACAAAGGGCCUAAGGGAGAAGACACCAAAUGGGAAAGAAGCGCCUCUUGACGAGCGACGCAUCUAGGGAAGUGUCCUUGUACUUCCCACCUGGAACUCUCUGUGUAUGGUGGUGAGUCCCGUGAUGCGGGUGACGUGCCAUGUCUUGAAUCCGUUGAUGGUCUCCGCCACAAUGUGCCCCCUGGGCGUGUCGCAGUCCAGACACACCUUGACCGUCAGCACCUCCCGCACAGAGCUCUCCACCAUACCCAGCGUGUGAAUCUUGGCAAGGUCAUCGAGGUCGGGGUUCGCCGCUGCCUCAUGAUUCUCCUUGGGGUCAGGGGGAGCGGACGGGGGGGAUUGGGAGGGAGGGGCGAAGUUGGCCGUUGGAUGCUGAGAAAGGAGCACUAGGUCGGCGUGGCUGUACAUGAGAUGCGACCGGAAGGGACGCUCCAGCUCCAGGCGAACGAAGUCGCCCACCAUCUGCGCCUUAGUCUGGACGGACAUGCAACCAAUAACAUACAUGCAUGGCUUCGCCCGUUCUGUGAGUAGGGACCUGUUUGCAUGGUUCGGUAGUGACAGCCUCGAGUGUCUUGGCUCGCUCGAUAGUCGCCUUGGUCUCGACGAGGAACAGAGGCAGGAACACGUCGCUGUACUCCUUGGCACUGCCGAAGUGGACGGGCACAGACUUGAGGUCAUCAAUGGGGCUCUUGGUAGAGGUCUCCUGCUGCGCCUCAGCAUCCACUUGCUUGUCGGCGUCUGCGGCGCUCUCUCUCUUUCUGGACGCCCGUUGCCUCUGUUGCAUGAGUAUAUGGUCAUCCACGAUGUCUUCGUAGUAGUCCCAUUUGAGCACAUUCUGGUGCAGCUCGUCUAAGAUCUGCUCAGUGUUCCCUGCUGAAUCCACCAUGCCGGGGCAAAAAGAAGGAGAAAGGAACGGUUCCUGGGCGGCCUGCCAGUGUUUUGCCAGUGUUUUACAACUAUGCGUCUCUAACCCGGAAUACAGGGAAUUGGCUUUCACACAGUGGGCUUUCAUGUUUCGCUUGCUUCCUCUGGCUUCUGUACACUUGCCAGGGCUUCUUGCUGUCGGGCGAUAUCGCCCGUUCUUGUGUAUGUAGCCAGGGGAAGUGUUCGUGAACGUUCUACCAGGCAGUCAGUGCCUGUUGUCAUCUGUGUGUCGGCCGGGUGACAGUGCCUUUCCUUUCGUGGUGGACCAUAGGGAUGCCUUGUGCAUGCUUCGUGCGUGUGCAUCACCUUGCCGCCCGGCCCCCCGAAGGGGUACGCAAGAACGAGUCUGUGUGAUGCAGGCCUGUCUACCCACCCGGCGGACACACAGAUGACAGCAGAGGGCACUGACUGCAUGGUAGAAAGUUCACGAACACUUCCCCUGGCUACAUACACAAGAACGGGCGAUAUCGCCCGACAGCAAGAAGCCCUGGCAAGUGUACAGAAGCCAGAGGAAGCAAGCGAAACAUGGACGCCCACUGAGCCAUCAAAUGCAACAAACAACUUGAACAAUCAAGUGAAUACACCACCCAUGUGCAAGGAAGGCAGGAAGACAACAGAAGGAGAGAAAGAAGGAUAGCCAAGCAGGCCAUAACGCCCUACAACAUGCAGACCGACGAUGCCGAAGGUGCACUCCUACCCUCCUACCUUGGUCGUUGUGGUGAGUUAGCUAGAAAGGCUCUGUCAGAAGCCCAAUCUGCUUAUACGUCCGCGGCCGAUCAGAUACCAUCACACAGGCGAGAAGGAGCUCAAGCGCUACCAACACACCAUGCAGCCCAACACGCUCCGGUCCUGGCAUGCAAGCAUGCGGGUUUGCGCCCGUUUCAGCGGAUAUACAGCGAAUCGUGUCUCUCUCAGUCUCCCUCCUUUCUCUUAUCUUUCUUUCUCCUUCCUUCCUUCCUUCCUCUUCCUUCCUUCCUCUUCCUUCUCUGUGUGUGCGUGUGUGGCGUGACAUCUGAAUGACUCGCUCGCUGGUUUUUGAAAUGCAUUUCCAAGUGUCCAUUCAGACUACAGGAAGCUGAACAGGACCGGUUUGCGCUUCCUCCCUGGUUCUGUUCGGCUUCAUUAUACAUGACAUUGAACUCAUGGCAUCGACUUGCAGCCCAUCCCAACCAGCACGAAAGGACUCUGGCUCACGCGAAACCACCCAUCAGUUGUAAAAUGCGCAUUUCGCCUCCAUUGCAUCCGACUCUGUCAACAACUAAUCAUCCUCUGUCGGCACCUCCUGCUCCCUUUUCCUCUUCCCUGCCCUCGUGCCCCUGGCCGGACCCCCCUCAUCCGCCCUGUCCUUGGCCUUGGCCUCCUUGGCCUCGAGCUUUAACGAACGCACCUUCUCCCGCGCCCACUCCCUAUACUCCACUGCCAUCUCAAGGUUUACCUGCAUACAUUUACAUACUGCGUACAAGUAAUUAGCUUCUGUGUGGUCCACGUCUCGCAGUAGCCUGCAAGACGUGAGGAGGGGUGUUGGGAUUUGCCAUGUGUUUUACAAGUCAUAGCGCUCUACCUACUGUUUUGGCACACUUGAGCGUUGACUGACUUUGCUGCCUGUUUCCUGCCUCUGCCUUCAUGUAAGUGGGUCGCCGAUAAGCCCAGCCAGCCUGCAUGUCAUCGUGGGUCGCCGAUAGCCCAGCUCGCCAAGGCCACGUGCCUUUUCGUGUUCGCCUUCGUGUUUGCCUGCCUGCUUGUUUAUGUUGGACCUCUCUGCCGCUCUUUUAUCAACGCUCGUGAUCUGUGGGACUC